AUAGAAAAGCUAACUUCAAUUAUUGAAGAGAAAUUAAAGCAAAAAGAGAAAAAAAAUUAAAGAAGAGGUAUAUGGGUUGAAGAAGAAGAUUGGAGUUGAACUUGGAACACAAGAACAAGACCAGGCACACCCUGCCCUUCUUCAGAGGAAAGUGGUAGAUAGAUUGAUUGAUUCCAAUGGGGAAUUGCUGGGCUUCUCCAUCUAACAAUCCAACCGGAACAGCCCCUCCUUCACCUGGGGGGACAUCCCAGACCCAGUUUCAGUCCCAGACAACUACUACCACCAACAGCAGCUAUACUACUACUACUACUACUACUACCUCUUCUGGAAGUGGGAGCAGCUCCAUAAGCAAGUUCUCUGUGAGAAGUGGUGAUCCUGCUGCAGGUCCAGGUGGUCAGAUCUUACCUACCUCAAAUUUGAGGAUCUUUACUUUUGCGGAGUUGAAGGCUGCAACUAGGAAUUUCAGAGCUGAUACAGUGCUUGGGGAGGGAGGUUUUGGAAAAGUUUUCAAGGGUUGGAUUGAAGACAGGGCACCUUCAAAGAAUGGAAGUGGCACAGUCAUUGCCGUCAAAAAAUUGAACUCGGAAAGCUUACAAGGAAUUGAGGAGUGGCAGUCAGAGGUACAUUUUCUAGGACGCAUUUCUCAUCCUAACUUGGUUACACUGCUGGGAUACUGUUUGGAGGAAACAGAACUUCUUCUCGUCUAUGAAUUCAUGCAGAAGGGCAGUUUGGAAAAUCAUCUUUUUGGAAGGGGAUCUGCUGUCCAACCACUACCUUGGGAACUCAGGCUUAAGAUUGCAAUUGGAGCAGCUCGUGGCCUUGCAUUCCUGCAUUCAUCCGAGAAAGUAAUUUACAGAGAUUUCAAGGCCUCCAAUAUAUUGCUUGAUGGGUCCUAUAAUGCAAAGAUAUCAGACUUUGGGUUGGCAAAACUGGGUCCUUCAGCUAGUAAAUCCCAUGUGACAACAAGGGUGAUGGGCACAUAUGGUUAUGCGGCUCCUGAAUAUGUGGCCACAGGGCAUUUAUAUAUGAAGAGUGAUGUGUAUGCGUUUGGAGUUGUUUUGAUUGAGAUACUAACAGCCCUACGAGCACUUGAUCCGAACCGUCCAAGCGGGCAACAUAAUCUAACAGACUGGGUGAAGCCAUACCUGCAGGAUAGAAGAAAAUUGAAGAGGAUAAUGGAUUCAAGUUUGGAAGGAAAAUAUCCAUCCAAAGCUGCAUUUCGUAUAGCUCAGCUAGCUUUGAAAUGCCUUGCAUCUGAGCCCAAACACCGGCCAUCAAUGAACGAAAUGUUGGAGAGCUUAGAGAGAAUUGAAGCAGCCAGUGAGAGACCUGUGGAAUCCAGAUUCCGGUCUACUCAUUCUACACUUGCUAAUGCUAGCCACCAGGCUGUACACCACCGUUCUCCACUUCAUCAUCUAAAGCAUCAAGUAAGGGUGUGAGAGGGCCUUAAUUGGUUGUGUUAUUUAUCUAUCCAUUCAACAUUUUGCUUGUUGUUCAUGUUGUAUUCUUAGGACUCAAGUAGAUAUGAGAUUUGUGCUAGGCUGCCAAAUCAUAUAUUAUUGUUGUUGGACUGUUGGUGAUGUACAGAGUUGUUCUUAAAGCUAAAUUGGUGUUGUAGGAGGGAUUUUAAUCA